CUGAGAGCAGACGUCAGACUGCUCCAUGAAUAUUGAUGUGGAGGAUUGUCUGUUUCACAGAAGAACAGAAGGAACCAAGAUGGCUGCCCUUUAGGAUUUGUUAAAGAGGAGACCCAGACGGUUUUCUGGAAUUCUGCAAAGUGGAGGGACAAAAAAAGAGGACAGACGGAGGGCAGCCUUGUGGAUGGACUCAAAGCUGGCCAGAUGGAAACAGAAAAGGCCAGUCAUGAGGCGGAAGAAAGACUAAAUUUAGCAUCAAUCGGUGCUGUUUGUCAGACUGAAAGCUUGAUCACCAAGUUGCAGAAUGGAAACCAAUCACCAGAGGUGCUCCCUCAGCAAACCAAUGGGGACGCUAGUUGGAACCACUUCAAGCCCAAUGUAGAGAACCAAAUGAAGAGAUAUGGGGAAAAAUGUUCCAGUCCUGCCGAAAUGCAUGACUUGUUUGAUGAAAGCACACACCUGAAAAAUGGAAGCAUAAAGCAUGCACUCAGUGAGCCAUCAUUAUUAGGAUGCCACCAAUCGAAAAAACUCAAAGUGGAUUCAGAGCUUAAUGGGGAGGACAAUAAUAUAAUCGCUUCAUGGGACAAAACAAAAUCUGUCAGCAUGGCGAGCAAAUUGGGUUGCGUACCAGAACCAGAGUGUGAUGGUUUGCAGGACCAGAAACUGGAUAAGAAAAACAGCAGCUUCCCUGAUGGGGACAUUUUCUCACUUUCAAGGAACAAGCAACUAGCCUUUUCUAAUGGUGCUACAGUGACCUCUCCUUCCAUGGAAGACACACAUGGUGACCUCUUAGAAAAAACACUGUCUCAGUAUUACCCAGAACAUGUUUCAAUCGCAUCCCAGAGUAAAUCUGAGGAAGACUCAUCCAAAAACCUAGUUUCAAACGACAUGCCUGGAAAUACUAUGAAUUCUCCAUCGUUGACCUCAGGUUUGCCCAUUUCAUCCCAGGACUGUGCAUCUAGACACCAGGACGGGAUGUUCUCAGAGGUGCACAGUGACGGUGCUUUCAAUGCCUUAUCGGCUGUGGAUGAGCAGCUGCAGCAAAGGCAGCUGUUCCCUCUCCAAGACUACCCGGAGGUGCAGGACACAUACUCACAAGCUGAGGAGGGACAGGUCCUUGGUAUGGACCCAUCUGUGAGGCCUGCGGGCAGUUCAAACCAGCAAAAUGUCACAAAGGACUUCUCUGACAACAUGGAGGCCUCGAGUAUGCACCUUCAUUCAGAUGAAGAGUUCUGUCAAAGCUCUGACCCCAGAGUUCCACUUCAGACUGAGGAGGCGGAAAGAUUCAGCCCCUUUACUGAUGAAGCUAUGGCUAGGAUGAUAGGAGAUAAGGAAACAGAGACUAACCACCCUUCAGAGGACUUUAAUCCAAAUCUUAACUCUCAAAUGAGUCAGCAGCAGAUGCAAGUUGAGGCUCAACAGCAGACUGAUGAACCAUUGAUGAGUGCACCUCAAAGCCACAGUAAACAGGUCUCUCCUAGCUCUGCAUCGCCCAGUCCCCAAGAGCUGACUGCACAUGGCUUGGAUUCCACUGGCAGUCAAAAGCCUGAAACUGCUUCUGUUUCUUUCAAAGGAGAAGCUGAGGAAAUGUUACCGCAAACAGAUCCCUACCCCAGGGUGAGCUGGAUUGAUCUCAAUUCUUCCCAACCCCCGCAGACAAUGGCCCUGUCACAGACCUGGAAGGAUUUCAGUUUACAGCCUCAGCGGGAGCGUCAAACCAAUGCUGAGAGCCCGGGCCAAACGCAGAAUGCAGGCCCCAUGACAGGAUUUCAGAUGAAGGGUGCCCAUAAAUCUGCAUUUCCACAACAAGACGAGCAGAUGCACAAUACAUACAAACCUGACCAAGGAUAUGAUCAGGUCUGCUACAACACAAGGCCAGAGUGGCAGCAACCAAACUCAACCCCCCCUCCCGUUCCACGGGAACAGUCUCAGAUGCAGCCUAAAAAAAUGCAACACAUAACCCCACAAUAUGGUACUCCUCAGCAGCAGGUUAAAAAUCUGUUCCACACCAAAACACAGCAGGAACUCUUCUUUGAGAGCACUCAGGACAUUGAGCAGAUUCUGGAGCCUAGGUAUGCUCAGCAACAGCAGCCACUGGCCCCUCAUCAGUCUGAAGGACAGCUGGCAGGCAGUGCACUCCAGCAACAUCCUUCCCAGAAUGCACCAAAUGUAGGAAAGCCUCGGGAUCAGCCAAAAGAUCCCUCUCAGAGACAGCUGGACAGUCAGCUCUUAAACAAGCUCGGGCUGGAGGAAUAUAUGAGGCUUGACAAAGAACUGAAAUCAUCCGACUGCACAUCCCAAAGCCAGAAGGUGCAACAUAACACAGGGCUUCACCCCACUGCUAGAAAUUCUCCUGAGUUUUCAGAUUCUUCAUUACCAACUGCACAAGCUGAACACAAUAUUACAUUUCCGUAUGGCAAUGCAGUGGAUUUGCCGCAGCCUCAGCAUGCUCCAAGCCCAGACAUUCAAAAGCAAUACUCAAAACCACAGCAGAUUCAACCGCAGUCGAACCACACAGGAUUUCCACAGCCAAGGCCGCCGAUACAACCACCACCUCAGGUACCACAAGGUGCUUUUAACCAACAGGCAACAUCACAGAUGUAUCCUAAAGCAGAAGUUCAAGAGUCCUGUGCACAAUUUCAACAAGGGCAGCUCCAAAACCAAAAUUACACAGAAUUUCAGAAGCACACGGUGCUGCGGAUGCACCUGCUGCAGAAGCAGGAACGACAAGGGCACCAGCAAAACCUGGAAGACUUCAAGCACAUACUGCAAGCUAUCAAGCGCGAGGACGGCCGAAGGUCUGAACCUCCUAUGCUGCAGCAGGACAAGGUACUAGCAAACCCUCCAAUGAGGGCAGUGAUAAAGCAGGAGCAUCUGCAGAUGACCUGUGAUCAGAUGCAACAGAAGAGCAUCAUUGCCACCAUGGAGCAGCAGCUGAAGCAGUACCAGCUGUCUCCCGUAUUUGAGCGGAAAUCACUGGUAGUUAAGUCUCCUAACAAGGUCAAGGUGGAGACAGUGGGCCCGGUGACCAUACUGUCUACGAACGCCAGCCUAGGCAGUGAUGACCUGGGCACUUCGGUGCAAACAAACGCUACCUCGGACUUUACCCCAACCAAGAAAACGGAGCCCAACCUCAGCAGCUUUCUGGAGUCUCCGAUGAAAAUGUUGGACACUCCAAUCAAGAACUUCCUGGACACCCCUGUGAAAACGCAAUAUGAGAUUGCAUCUUGUCACUGUGUUGAACAACUGAGUGAAAAAGAUGAAGGGCCCUAUUACACACAUCUAGGAGCUGCUCCGAAUGUAGCAGGUAUCAGGGAUCUCAUGGAGAAGAGGUUUGGCCAAUCUGGCAGUGCUAUCAGGAUUGAGAAGGUUGUUUACACAGGGAAAGAGGGAAAGAGCAUUCAAGGGUGUCCCAUAGCAAAAUGGGUGAUCCGUCGGGCCAGCGUGGACGAGAAGCUGCUGGUGCUGGUGCGAGAGCGGGCUGGCCACACGUGCGAGACGGCCACCAUCGUGGUGGUCAUCCUCAUCUGGGAGGGCAUCAGCACCACCCUGGCCGACCGCCUCUACACAGAGCUGAGUGAAACGCUGAUGAAGCACGGAGCCCUGACUAACCGCAGAUGUGCUCUCAAUGAAGAGAGAACAUGUGCCUGCCAAGGACUGGACCCAGACAGCUGUGGGGCCUCCUUUUCCUUUGGGUGCUCAUGGAGCAUGUACUAUAAUGGGUGCAAAUUUGCUAGGAGCAAAACCCCCAGGAAAUUUAAGCUCCUUGGGGAUGACACCAAAGAGGAGGAAAAACUAGAGCAAAAUCUACAGAAUUUAGCUACUUUAAUGGCACCAACCUACAAACAAAUGGCUCCUGAUGCUUAUGCAAACCAGGUGGACCAUGAACACAGAGCAUUAGACUGUCGUCUGGGGCUGAAGGAAGGACGUCCAUUUUCAGGAGUCACUGCCUGUUUGGACUUCUGUGCACAUGCUCACAGAGAUCUCCACAACAUGCAGAGUGGGAGUACUGUGGUAUGCACUCUCACAAGAGAAGAUAAUCGAGAAAUCGGGAAUAUCCCGGAGGAUGAACAGCUCCACGUGCUGCCCCUGUACAAGGUCUCCACCACCGACGAGUUCGGCAGCAUGGAGGGGCAGCAGGAGAAGGUGAAAUCAGGUGCUAUUCAGGUGCUCAGCACUUUCCGUCGGAGGGUGCGCAUGCUCGCCGAGCCGGCCAAGUCCUGCCGGCAGAGGAAGCUGGAGGCCAAAAGAGGAGCUGCAAACAAGCCAUCCAACCCGGACACACCGAACUCAAAGGCGGAGAAGGCCCCUCAAGCAAGUCUCAAACAAAGCACUUACGAGAACACAGGCCAAAACAUACCCGUGUCAGGUCCUAAACCAGGUCAAGUACAUAUGGGAACACCGCAGCCGGGACAUCAGGCGCACACUCUCAGCAGUCAGCAUCAGCAACAGCAGCAACUGCAGCACCCGAACCCAAACCCUGGGUCUCCACACAUGGCUCAGCAAAGCUAUCCAAGGUUCCCCAAUCACGCAGAUUCAUUUUCAAGCACUUCUCAGUCAAAUGUGUACCCACAAUCACCAGCAUCUAUGAGCCCUUACCUGCCGUCUUUGCAUACAAACAAUACUUAUUUAAAUGGGUCAAAUCCUGCAAACUCUUAUCCUGGCUCUGUGAACCAAAAUUCCCUUUACCCUGGAUACCAGUGCAAUGCAAGCAUCACUACAGACAACCUCCACCCUUAUUAUGCUUCAAAUCCAAAACAACUGAACAUGUACCCACAUCAGAGGCCACCUCUUUACCCUCAACAGCAGUACAGUGCCCAUCCCCACUAUGGAGUCAACUACCCUCCUCGGUACAGUGAGCAUAGCUUACAGGUCAAUGGUUACAGCAAUGGUAACGUGAGACCCAGUGCUCAUCCCAUAGGUCCAUACUCCAACAGUGAGCCAGACCCCCAGUUCUUGGAGCCUGUCUCUCGACCACCCUCAGCCCACCCAAACCUGGACUAUGCAUCAGUGAGCAAAAGCAGUCAAUACAAUGGAUACCCUAACCCAUAUAUUGCCCAGAAGUCUCAGAUGUUUCCUCCAAACCAUGAGUCUUUCCGUACUCAGAUAAGACCUGGAGUGAAUUUGCAUGAUGCAAAUGGCAUGGCCCAGGCGCUUCCCCCACCGGGCACUGAAUGUCUGACCCCCAACCAACCUGGGUUUGGGCUGCUGAAUGGUAAUAUCCAGGGAACCCCAAUCAAGCAAGAGGCCCAACCAGGAACACAGAAUCCCAACGACAAGGAGGACGUGUGGUCGGACAACGAGCACAACUUCCUGGACCCGGACAUCGGCGGUGUGGCUGUGGCCCCCAGCCACGGCUCCAUCCUCAUCGAGUGUGCCAAGCGGGAGCUCCAUGCCACCACCCCGCUGAAGAACCCCGACCGGAACCACCCCACCCGAAUCUCACUGGUCUUCUACCAGCACAAGAACAUGAAUGAGGCCAAGCACGGGCUGUCUCUGUGGGAAGCCAAAAUGGCGGAGAAGGCCCGGGAGAAAGAGGAUGAGGCCGGGAAGCACGGCGCCGACGGCACACCGAACAAAAGCAAGAAGGUCAAGAGGGAACAUUCCGAUAUGCUAGAGAACACAGAGCCCCCGUAUAAGCGCUUCAUUCAGACCCUCACACAGAAGUCCAUGUCCUCCACCACCAGCACCUAUGUCAGUACAUCUCCCUAUGCCUUCACUAAGGUAACAGGGCCUUAUAACCAGUUUAUUUAGCAUUGGUAUUCAGGUUUAUAACACACAAGUCAGUUUACAACUAAAGGCGCUAAACGACGUGAAACCUCAUCGCACUGGUGGUCACAAGCUUCAAAAAGUUCUCCUUUAAAACGAUGGUGUAGUCUGACAACAGUAAAAUAUAAUUCUAUGCAAAGGAUUGUAUGAGCUAAGAAAUACUGUAGAUUAGUUGGAAGAAGUAACAUCAGUUAUUCAUCAGGCAAAACAUUUAGAAGAUUGAGCUUUACUAACUGGUGUGACACUAAGGCGGUAUUUAUUUAUAUUUUUGUUUCUGUUGUGAGAUAUAUACUGUACUAAUCCUCUGGUGCUCCAUGUCCUAUACAUCAGGAUGUAUAUUACUGGAAACAAAGUUUCAUUUUAUUGGUUUAAUUUUUUUAAAUAGAUUUAUCUAAUAUAUAGAAUAUAUUAUG